UUGGCGCUUUUCGGUUUUCAACCAACACAUCCGCACCACCAUCACCGAGCAUCAUGUCUAGGAAGGGUGCUCAUCAACAUCAACAGGCUUCUCAGCAGAUCCCCUCUUUGGUGGAGCUGGAUGAGGUUGACCUGGAGGGAAAUGAAGCGCAGGUCAACAUUAACCCACUUCCUGGGCUGACCGGGGCGGUUGCAAGACUCAUGGUCGGCCUUAGGGAGGAUGACGUGGAGACUCAGUUUGGAAAGGUCCACUGCACCCUGAAGGGGGUUCCCAAGGGCAACCGCCCCGUCAUCAUGACCUUCCACGAUAUUGGACUGAACUACAAGUCGUGCUUCAACCCCCUGUUCAGCCACGAGGACAUGCAGGAGAUCAUGAGGCACUUUGCCGUGUGCCACGUCGAUGCCCCCGGGCAGCAUGAGGGUGCCGCCACUCUCUCCGCCGAGCACACCUACCCCUCUAUGGACCAGCUCUCUGAGACUCUCCCUCAGGUCCUCAAGCACUUUCGGUUUAAGAGUGUCAUUGGACUGGGAUGUGGUGCUGGUGCCUACAUCAUCGCGAAAUUCGCUCUGAACCAUCCAGACAAGGUUGAGGGACUUGUCCUCAUCAACAUCAAUGCACGUGCUGAGAGCGUGAUAGAUUCACUUACACACAAGAUGACUGGCUGGAUCCAAGCACUACCUGAUCAUGUUAUAAACCACAUGUUUGGAAAGGAAGAGAUCCAGAACAACCCUGAUCUGAUCGCCACAUACCGCAACCACAUCACCAAUGAUGUCAACCAGUCCAACCUGGCCCAGUUCCUCAAGUCCUACCAGAGCCGCAGGGACCUGGAGAUCGAGAGGCCUGUCCCGGGGGGAAACAUUAACGUCAGGACUCUGAAGUGCCCUGCACUGCUGGUGGUGGGAGACAGCUCCCCUGCAGUCGAGGCUGUGGUCGAGAGCAACGCAAAGCUCAACCCAACACAGACAACACUGCUCAAGAUGGCUGACUGUGGAGGACUUCCCCAGGUGAGCCAGCCUGGCAAACUGACAGAGGCCUUCAAGUACUUCAUCCAGGGCAUGGGUUACAUGUCCUCGGCCAGCAUGACCAGACUGGUGAGGUCCCGUACCGCCUCAGGCUCCAGCAUCGCCUCCUGCGACAGCAACAGGAGCCACUCUCACAGCAACGACAAACAGCCCGCCCGGGCUCACACCGACGUGUCCGUGGAGAGUGUCUCCAACAGCACCGUGGAUCAGACCAUUGUCACGUCCAGCAGCAAGACUGAGGACGCCUGCUAGUGCCUUUGGUCACUGAAAGGUCCUAGGCUGUGUCCCAAAUGGCACCCUAUUUCCUAUAUAGUGCGCUACUUUUGACGUCAAAAAGUAGUGCAUUAUGUGGUAAAUAGGGUGCCAUUUGGGACGCAGGCCCUGUGUCCCUAACCUCAUAACCCCUGUCCAUUCCCUACCCUACUGCCUGUGUUGCUGCUGACAAUAAACCACAACAUGCUACUAUGAUAGAGGACAGUCUAUCUAUGCUGUUCUCACUGCAUUGUGGGUAAUAGAGUUUAUACCCAAUGGUUGCCAUACUGUAUGUAAUUUGGGUGAUAUGUAAUCUGUAUGGAUGUUCCUCUAAUAUGUAUUGUUUUUAUUGUGAGAAUGUUACAAUGCCAGGGUUUUUUCAACCAAACACAUUUCAUGUACAGUCCUGUUAACGCCAUAUGUUUUUAGAUGAAGCAUCAAAUUGAGGACUCCCUAUUUUGUUUCUGUUGUUUAACAUAUGAUACUUGUAUCACAAUUACUAUCAGUGAUCCUAGGAUGAAUAUGUAAAAUAUUUUACAUAUGCUUGGUCAAAUCUUUCCAAUGCUGAAAAACUGAUUAUUUUAACAUUUAAAUGAUAUAGAGAUGCAAUGUAUAGUACCACUUCGUAUUAGAGAAAUAGCAAAAAAAGCAGCGGAAAUUAUUUUGACAAAAUUACUUUGAAAAGAUUUGUCACUACCCAAAUCUUCAUACUGGUACAUAAUACUGUUUGUAUUUAUUUGAACCAAUAAAAUGUGACUUCCUGGAUAGAGGUUGUUGUUGUUUAUGAUGACAUGGUACAUUGACCAAUGAAAUAAAUUACAACACUUAUUCAGCUGAUCUCAAAGCUGAUACACUUUUAACCUCAGAGCAAAUAACUGACUUGACAAAGCAGACAUUGAGGCAAACAUUAUUGUUCAUUAAGAGUAAAAGGAAAUAAACGCAAAACUGAGAAUGUGAGAGAAUCUUGUCUGAUAUACACUUUGCAAUAAACUCUACUGAAUACUUGACAAAAUGUUUUCAACAUUUCAACAGUACAUACAUAGAAAGCUUAAUGACAUGACACAAAAAGAGUCGAGCAAAACAGAAGAGCAUAAAACAGGAUGACCACUCCAGUGGUUAAUGCCCUAACUUGGUAGAAAAUGAUCCCCAUAUGAAUAUGACGCAUAAUUACAAUAGGUUUGACCCCUGUAUCCCUACUAUAACAUCAUCACAAAUACAUAAUCAACUUCAACAAAUAUACUGAGUGUACAGAACAUUCCAUGACAUAGACUGACCAGGUGAAUCCUGGUGAACGCUAUGA